AUUAAAAUGGAAGCAAGUUCAACAAGCCCCAAAGAUACUAUAAUCGAGCUGAACCCUGAAAGCCAGGUCACUUUUGUAAAGAAGGAUAUCGCCAGCUUGCCAGAAACAACACUGGAGGUAAAGAAUAACAGUGAUAAGACAGUUUUGUUUAAGAUUAAAACAACAGAUCCAGCAAAAUAUUUGGUCAAGCCGAACCAUGGAGUCUUAUCAUCAGCCAAAGGUACCAAAAUUCUGAUUACCACUCAAAAGCCAACGAUGCAGAAGAUUAAAAACGAUAGGUUCUUGGUAGUAGCAAUCGAAUUUGAAGGAGAUAAAUCUGAGAUUCCCAGCACACCUAAUCAAGUGGAAAGAUUCAUGAAAACUUACUUUGAUAAUGCUCCUAAGGAGAAACUAUUCAUGAAAAAGCUUAAAAUUGUCAAUGACGAAACACUUGGUUUGACUUAUGCAUCAUUUAAGGGAAAUAGAACAAGCAUCAUAAAGCCAGGAGAGGACCCUUCCGAUCUCAGAAGUUCAGGUGUUGUCUUGAACAAGGAGAAAAGCAGUCAUGUUGAACUUGAGGAGAAAUACAAUGACAUUGUGUCUAAAGUAAAUCAGCUAACUACAAAGAAGGUGGAGCUUGCCAAUAUUAUUAAGACAAAGACUAAGAAUCUCCAGCUUAUUGAAAAAGCAAGAUAUGCACAGACUGGAAGAGAUUCCUCCAUGGCUAAACCAGCGGAUAGCGAAGGCAAUUUCAGCUUAAUCCACAUCGCUGGAGUCUUCAUCUUGUUCUUUGUCAUUGGAAUUUAUUAUAGUAGUGGUUAACAGUGAAGAUGAUUCAAUAAUACUUGAUGGAA